GAGAGAAUGGGAAGGGCUCCAUGCUGUGAGAAGGUGGGUUUAAAGAAGGGAAGAUGGACAGCAGAGGAAGAUCAGCUUCUAGUUCAGUACAUUAAAACAAAUGGAGAAGGUUCAUGGAGAUCCUUGCCUAAGAAGGCUGGCUUGCUGAGAUGUGGCAAAAGCUGCAGGCUUAGAUGGAUAAACUAUCUGAGAGAAGACUUGAAGAGAGGAAACAUUUCUAAGGAAGAGGAGGACACAAUCAUCCAGCUUAGAGCAAACUUGGGCAACAGGUGGUCAGUGAUUGCAGGACAUUUGCCUGGAAGGACUGAUAAUGAGAUCAAGAAUUAUUGGAACUCACAUUUAAGCAAGAAAGCUGAAGGUUUGUUAAACAAAGAUGAUGAAAGUUGUGUCAACAAUGUCCGAAAGCGAAAGGGAGGCAGGCCAAGCAAAUUGGCUAAGAAGAAGAAGGCUGAAAAUGAGAUUUUAAGCAAGGAGAAGGGUGAAAAGGUUAAGGAUGUGAUAGAAGUAAGAAGGAGUGAGGAAGUAGAGAGUGUUGUUAUAGACCCACAACCUCAACAAGCUGUCUCUAAAGACUUUCCAUCAAUAGAGGUUUUAUUGGGCGAUGAGGAGAACAAUAAGGGUGAAACUUUGAGCCAAAAUGAAGAAAAUGAAGGGAGAGAAAAAGAAAUGAAUGGAGUGGGAGUACUUGAGGUACUGUCAAAUGAGGAUGUUGGGCCUUCCCUUGAUGAGAUUGAGAAGUUGAUUGAUUGGGAAUUGGAGGAGAUAGCCUUGAGGUUAUGGGAGGGGGAAGGGGAGGGUGUUGGUGAAAUAUUGCCUUGGAUUUGGGAGGAUGAGAGCCAUGAGAUUAGUGGAGAGUUCGGUGGUUUUAUUGAUAGUGGGAAGUUUGAUGCCUUCAAGUAUGAUGAUGAUUAUUUGGAUAAUUGGCUUUUAUCUGAUGUAUCAGAGUUUUCCACUUGGCUUGGUUCUUGCGGUUGA